AUGAGGAAGCUGGGCACAGAAAAGACUCACGUCAAGAUAACGAGGCGAGAUCAAAUCCACUCGAUAACUUAUCCCGGUCCGGGUUCCUGGUCAUCGCAGGCAGCCAUGAAGACCUCAGCGAGGCCAUCCUCCCUCCUCCUCCCUCCCGUAAUGUCCUCUAUCGCGACCUUCGACGAUCCCACCCCCUUCUCACUUGUUCUAGUGCUCAUCGCCUGCGGGCUUACAUCUGCCUACGCCCACCAAGUUGUUAAACGGGCAGACGUCGACGGGAACGAAAUCCUAUCCGAACCUGGCUACUACAUGGAGGAAUACUGGGGCGACGACCUCGAUGACGAUCAUAGGUAUCCCUGUGACGGUCUGUUGUCCCUCGGCAUCCCUUCCACGUCCGCCUUGCUAAAGAACCAUCCAGCGUCCACCCUCCGCGCGGGCUUUGAGUCCCGCCUCCCUCUCCCACCGCAACACCUCUAA